CCAACGGCGGAUAAGUAAAGAUGGCGUGUUAUAAAUCCAAAAUUCUUAAAAUAUAAAGGGAAAAAAAUUUAAAGCUGAUGGCCAUAGAUGAUUAUCUUCAUCUCUACUACACAGAUACUGUUAAUUUCUGAUUGCUUGAUUGCUGAUGAUUGUUAAGCAUGGAAUGAAUUCUGGGUUUUCAUCAGUAGCUUCAUCAGCUGUUUUAAGGAGGCAGCAGUUUUUGAUAAGGUCUCUUAGAGGGUACAGUGAUCACACACAUCAGAAAAGAAUGGAAGGAAUGAAAUGCUUUAGCGGAGGAGCUUCUUUAGAGGCUGAUUCUGAGAAUGUUUUGAGGGCAAUUAUUCCAUCCCUUGACCCAACCAGGCAUAAAGGCCAAGCUGGGAAGAUAGCUGUUAUUGGAGGUUGUCGUGAAUACACCGGUGCACCUUACUUUGCUGCUAUUUCAGCUUUGAAAAUUGGUGCAGAUUUGUCGCAUGUUUUCUGUACAGAAGGUGCUGCUACAGUAAUAAAAAGUUAUAGUCCUGAAUUAAUAGUGCACCCCAUUUUAGAAGAGUCUUAUAGUAUUAGCAAUGUGGACGAUGAGGGUAGAAGAUAUGUCUCACAGAAGAUUCUUGCUGAGUUUGAUAAAUGGAUGGAAAGAUUUGAUUGUCUGGUUAUUGGUCCAGGCCUUGGAAGGGACCCAUUUCUUCUGGAAUGUGUCAGCAAAAUCAUGAAGCAUGCAAGACAAUCAAAUGUUCCAAUAGUUGUAGAUGGGGAUGGACUCUUCCUUGUAACAAACAGUGUUGACCUUGUUAGUGGCUAUCCCUUAGCUGUCUUAACUCCAAAUGUGAAUGAAUACAAGCGCCUGGUUCAGAAAGUUCUAGGUUGUGACGUAAAUGAUCAAGACACUCAUGGGGAGCUGCUCUCUCUUUGCAAAGGGAUUGGUGGUGUAACUAUCUUAAGGAAAGGAAAGUGUGACCUCAUUAGUGAUGGUGAAAUAGUCCAAUCAGUGGGAAUUUAUGGAUCCCCACGGCGCUGUGGUGGCCAAGGUGAUAUACUUUCUGGAAGUGUUGCGGUAUUUUUGUCUUGGGCUCGUCAACAUAUGUUAGCCACUGAAGGGAAACCAAUCAUCAGUCCAAAAAAUCCAACUGUGUUGGGCUGCAUUGCGGCCUCUGCUUUAUUGAGGAAGGCUGCAUCUCUUGCUUUUGAGCAUCAGAAAAGGUCAACUCUCACCACUGAUAUCAUUGAAUGCUUGGGACAAAGUUUGGAGGCUAUUUGUCCAGCAUCUUGAUAACGUCCACACUUAUGUCCUGCACCCACUCGGUAGACUGCUUCCUCAACAAAAACACUUUGUGCCAAAACUCUUCUUCAAUGUAAUGUACAAUGAUCUUGGUGUUUCCAUGCAAUGUUAAUAAAAGCAUACUGUAAAAUUAUGGCUUCAACGGAUUGAAUAGGCUUUUCCAAUCCUUGUUUAGGAAGCAUGGGGUAUUGUCUUCUUGCAUCUUUAAUUUACCAUCUGUUGGAUUGGGUGGUUA